AUGAUUAAUUUUUAUGAUGAAAAAGUAAAUCAAAUUGAUAUAAUUAAUGCCAAAAUAAAUAAAAAAGAACUAUCUAGUUAUGACAAAGAUUUCGAUACAAUAUCAAGCAAUUUUAAUAUUGAUUUAAAGAAGUUUAUGAAACAUGGAGAAGAAUUACAAAUUUUACUUAAUGAAAUUGUUGAUCUUUUAGAAUUAUUUAAGACAUGCUUUUUUAUUUUUAAUAAGAAAGAUUGUAAAUUAAAAAAUACUAAAGAUUUUACUAAAUAUUUAAUUUAUAAGAUUGAAAACAAAAUAACGUUUUAUAAACUUUAUGAUUUUUAUGAAAGUGAUAAAAUUUUAAAAAUGCUUUACGAUGUUAAAGAAAAAUUAGUGAGAAUUUUCAAUAAUCUUGUGUCUAAUGACUUUAUGAAUAAUUAA